GGUGGCAGGAGCGAUCUUCGCGGGGUGCCGGGAGCGCUGGGCCGCGGCGUGCGAAGGCGGGUGGGGGGCAUGGGACUGUGCCUCUCUGCGGUGGAUGGUCCUGCGGGCUCCCUGUGUCGGGCUGGGCCUGGGGGGUCUCGUCCCGAGUGGGUUGGCUGUAGCUCCCCUCGGGACCAGGGCCGUGUUGAGCUGGACAAAGGUAGGAUUCUCCCCCCGAAGCGCUUUCAGUCUAAGGAAACAUGUCUCAAGAAAGUGAGCAUGGGAAAUGGACGGUAUCUAGCAGUGAUGAAAGUACAGAAGAAAAUAAUGAUGCUGAAAAGCCAUCUACAUCUUCAUUGUCUCACAGUGGACAUGGCAAAACUAGUGGAUCACAGUACCCAUGUUCAGAGGCCAGAAAAGUUGGUCACAAGAGAAAAGCCUCCCCUGUGAAAUUUAAUGAUACAAGUUUUUCUACAGAAAUUUCACCAGCAAAAAUCCAGAGAACUUCCCAAGAAGGUUUAGGUUGGUGCCUUUCAAGUAGUGAUGAGGAGCCUGAAUCUGAAGGUCAACCACAGCAUGCACAAAAGGAAGCAGUCAAAGAGGAGAAAUAUAGUGCACCUAAAAAGCAGCCUUCACGUAGAUUUGAAGAUGAUGAGCUCCCAGUGAGCCAAAAGCCAGAAAAACAUUAUAAGGUAGCAAGUGAAGGCCAGGACACUUGGGAUUUGUUGAAUGGAGGGAACCCUUUCAGAUUCUUUGUCACUAAAGUCAAAGGUAUUAAGUCUAAGUACAACUCUGGAGCACUUCACAUAAAAGAUAUUUUGUCUCCUCUCUUUGGGACUCUUGUAUCUUCUGCUCAGUUUAACUAUUGUAUAGAUGUGGAAUGGCUCAUAAGACAGUAUCCACAGGAAUUCAGGAAAAAACCAUUAUUAAUAGUACAUGGUGAAAAGCGAGAAUCCAAGGCUGAGCUGCAUGCACAGGCACACCCAUAUGAAAAUGUUCGCCUUUGCCAGGCUAAGCUGGAUAUUGCCUUUGGAACUCACCACACGAAAAUGAUGUUGUUGUUAUACGAAGAAGGUCUUCGAGUUGUGAUACACACAUCCAAUCUUAUUGAUGCUGAUUGGGACCAGAAAACUCAGGGAAUAUGGCUAAGCCCCCUAUAUCCACGGCUACCGCAUGGAACCACUGGUUCUGCUGGUGAAUCUGUAACCAAUUUUAAGUCUGACCUAAUACACUAUUUGAUGAGUUAUAAUUCCCCUACUCUCAAGGAAUGGGCUGACAUCAUCCAAGAGCAUGAUCUUUCAGAAACCAGAGUAUAUCUACUUGGAUCAACCCCAGGACGAUACCAAGGCAACCAAAAAGAAAAAUGGGGUCACCUUAGAUUUAGAAAGCUUUUGAAAGAGUAUACAUCACCAAUACCAGCACAAGAAUCUUGGCCGGUGAUAGGACAGUUUUCAAGUAUUGGAUCAAUGGGAGCUGACCAAUCCAAGUGGUUGUGCUCAGAAUUUCGAGAGAGCCUGGUUACGCUAGGCAGUAGUGUGAAGACUCUAGCAAAACCUGACGUUCCUAUUCAUUUGAUUUACCCUACUGUGGACAAUGUGAGGCAAAGUUUGGAAGGAUAUCCUGCUGGUGGCUCUCUUCCAUACAGUAUACAAACUGCACAGAAACAACUUUGGCUGCACUCUUAUUUCCACAAAUGGUCAGCAGAAACCUCAGGCCGCAGCCAUGCUAUGCCUCACAUUAAGACUUACAUGAGGCCAUCUCCUGACUUCCAGAAGAUUGCGUGGUUUUUAGUUACAAGUGCCAAUCUUUCCAAAGCUGCCUGGGGAGCUCUGGAGAAAAACGGCACACAACUGAUGAUUCGUUCAUAUGAACUUGGAGUCCUUUUCCUGCCUUCAGCAUUUGGAUUGGAUACAGGUUACUUCCAUGUGAAGAAGAAAAUGUUUUCAGGAAGUAAUGAGCCAGUGACAUCUUUUCCUGUGCCUUAUGAUCUGCCCCCAGAGCAGUAUGGAAGCAAAGAUCGCCCAUGGAUUUGGAAUAUUCCUUAUACCAAAGCACCUGAUACACAUGGAAACAUGUGGGUUCCAUCAUAAAAGCUUCAAACCCACUGUGAGAUUUCAGCAUCUGACACUGAGCCUCCUACCAUAGCUGUGAGACUAAUUAUUUCUGAUUUUCAGAUGUGGAGUUGUGCACUGGAUAACUAGCUUCUUCUUAUGUCAUAUGUCAAUAAUAUUGAGGAAUUGUUUUGGAGAGGAGAGGAAGGGAGAAUCCUUGGAGAAUAUGUAGCUAUAUUGAUCUUUAUAGACCUCCCAAAAUAUAACACUGUAAUUUUAAACUACCAUUUUAUAUACUCUUCUUAUUGUAGUGGCCAUUGCAUUUUGGAAGGUGUUAAAAUGACAGUGUAAGCUUAUGUUCAAGGUUCCCAUUGUUUUUAGCCAGAAUAUAUUCAAAUCUGUUAGUAUUCUUUUGGACUGUUUUCGGGCCCCUCUUGACCAUAGUAAGAGAUUUGUAUGUACAUUUUGAAAUUAGAAAGUGAAUAAAAGGAAAUUUUGUUACAUUUUUCAUCAACAUGAAA